CUUAUUGUAGGUCAUAAAAUAAGACUUUAUAUUGCAUACUAUGGACCCCAACAUAGUUGGAACUUGGAAAAUGCGAUAAAGGUGGUGGUGAAAUGAUGACAAUGGCGAUCAUUUUAGCCUCUGUAUAAGUUGCUUAGGUUUCGGUGGACUCAAAAAUCUAUUGUCUGGUCCAAAAACCCUUGUCACACAUCCUGUUUACAGUAGGUAUUGGAAUGAAGCUCGCAUGUUACAUCGUGCACUGGCUCUUCACUUCCAGGUAUAGUGCAUGGUAAAUAGAUUUGGUGCUAACUUGCUACCACUAUAUUCACUUAAACUUAUGAUAUAUAAGAUGAACUAAGUCAACUAAAAACAUCACUUUCUCUGUCAUAAUCUGCCUCCAAAAUAAUAAAUUUUCAGCUUACAAAAUGUAAUAAGAUUUAAAUGAAGAAUCAAGGUGCUUUUCCGUGGUCUAAGUUGAAAGAUAGGAAUGGAAUAUGAAUUACAUUCCUCAUCACCCAACUGUCUGCAUGAAUGCAAAGAUAAAGGUUGUACUUGCUUCCAUUCUUGUGUUCGGUGGAAAGUAUGACUUUACCUAUCAUUGCCGGACAUUUUCAAUUAACUUAAUGUGUAUUGUACAGGUCAUCCUUACGUGUGGAUUACAUCACCUUUUUAUAACCUAAUUUGCUAAACCUGUGAGGUAAACUUAAUAACCUAACUCGUUGUCGUGUAAAAAAAACUCUGUAGUAUCAAAUCUAACACUUGCAAGUUUUUUAAUUACUGAUUCUAUCAGCGAAAAUAGAAUCUAAAGCAUGUACUCCCUCCGUUUCUUAAAACCCUUCCUCUUUCAUUUUUUUUGUUUUUCUUAAAACACUUCCCCUUUCUAUUAAAAAACCACUUUUACCCCUACUUUUUCAUACCCUACCUAUCACAUCAUACUUUUUCACUAACAACUAAACUAUCACAUCUUACUUUUACCCAUCACAUCAAGGGCAAAUUGGAAAGUCAACUACAAUUUAACACUUCCUUAUUUUCCCCCAAAGUCAAAAGAGGAACUCUUUUGAGAAACGGAGGUAGUAUGUUUUAUUUUGAAUUGCUAUAAGGGGAUGCUCUCUUCAUUUUCACUCUAUCAAUAUGGUGAAUGUGUUAAAGUCCACGCAUACUCUCUGUCGUUAGGCCUUCCAUAAUGCAAAUAGUUAGAGAAUAUCUAUAAGGCUCAUAUUAAAUAUAAAGAAUAAUAAUCAACUAAUACAGAAUAAAUUCCAGUUGAAACCCAUUAUAUUCAUAGAUCAAGGACCUAAUUCACCUUUUAUUUAAACAAUUAUUCUUGGGACUCUAAAAAUCGAAAUGAAGCAUUUGGAAAUUAAUUAGAACUUAUAAGAAUAUUUUUCUGACUAUGGUAAAAUUCCCCUUAUUGUGAGAUGAAUUUGGAAAAAAAAUAUUAACCUUAGCUCACAUUUCAACGUCUUCUCCCUAACCAAUAGUUUGAUUCUGAUACUGUAAAAUUAUCUCAUGCUGUUUGGAGGAAUGUCCCACAUCCUACUCUUGUGGGACCCAAUUGGGUUGUGGUCUUGUGGAUGUUGUUUGGAGGAAGGAAUCGCUACCUUUAGGGAAGUUUUAAAAUAUGAACUCAUCGUAUGGAGCAUUUUUUCAAGUAUACAUGCGAACCGAUCUCCCGGACCCUUGUAAAUGUGUGAACUUCAUUUUGUUGUCUCGCUACAAAAAAAGGGUUUAUGUUGGUUUCCUUCUCUUUAAUGGUUGUUUAUAGAAAACUUGGUUUGGUUCUGUGCCAUUAUGUUUAUCCAAGAUGUUAGCCUAUUUUAUGCCAUUGUGCUUAUACCAUAUGUGGAAUAAACUUUGCUAUAAUUAUCAUUUUACCCUUUGCCCUAUCUGUUUCCAAAUUUGGACAGAUUGGAAGUACUUGAGCUAUCCUUUCUUGGGGUCUGUACGGUACAAAGAAUACCUAGACAGAUGUACGAAGGGCAUUGGUUGCAGCAUUGGAAUGAUAUUCCCUUGUGGGAGAAAAGAGAAUAAAAUUGAAGGAGAGGCAGAAGAAGAAAAGCAGAAAUUCUAGGGGAAUGGAAUGUAAGCAUCUGAAACUCAACAAAACUAAAGCCAUGGGUGGUUUUGUCAAGUCAAGAAUUUCUGUUAUUCUUUCCUCUUUGAGGCCACCAAAAAUGGAUUCCUCCCCUUUGAUUUUGCUUCUCAACAUGAAUAUAAUCAAUUUACUUAUUCUUC